CUUCGUAUAGUCGCACAACAUCUUGAACUAUUGACUGUUCGACACUGAGUUCAUCACUCAAAUACAUAUAUAUAAAUAUACACAAAAAUUCAUACAAAUAAACAUAACGAAAUAUAUACUCAAUUAUAGUGCAAGAAGCAACCACCAAAAAUACAAAACAACAACUACCAACAAAGUGAGGAACUACCACCAAUUCUGUAUACUCACACAUAAAACAACGCGUACACACACUCAGUCAUUUGUUGAAGCAAAACCUCUUCGUACACACCUCUUGUAGUGUAGUUGCUGGUCUGAGUCGUUUUUCUUUUUGGAUUUUCGUUCGACAUUCGUUCGGUCGGCGUUUGGCAGUGUUUGGACUCUCUCGUUGCGUUUUGGAAUUCAGUCGGCAACGAUAAUUACGGUUGGUUAUAUCUCCAUGAAAUACAGUGCUUAGCUGGUAUAGCAAACAAACAGACAAACACUCUGUUCCAACACCACUAGACUAGCAAUUAUUUUAGUCAACGCGUUUGCGGCGCAAUUUACGGAACGCCGUCAUCGUGAGCGUCAUUAUUAUUUUGUACGGGCGUCCAUGGUAGCCGAUAACCAUGUCCACAGCUAACGUCAUCAUCUUGCACCGAUUUCGUGUUUUUUUUUUUGUGUUUUGCAAAAUUACGAAUUAAAGUAAAUUGCAUCAACAACAACAGCAAGAAGAACAAUAAAUAAAAUAAGAAUUUGUGUACAUUUUGGGCAGUGAACAGUUUUAUAACCAACGAGCAAAGCCGACGUAAAUUUGGAAAAAAAAUAAUAAAAAUUGUAAUUAAAUUAAAAAUAUUGAUUAAUGCGUGCGCGUACGAUUUAAAAGAAAUUGUAAUUAUGAAAAAUAAGUUUCAAAUGAAAGAGACAAGAACGAGAACAAGAACAAGUGAAAAAUUAAUAUCAUAACAUUUUGUGAACGGCCUUUGAAAGUGAAAGCAAAUUUAUACAAACAAAAAAUAAUAAAAAUGAUUUGAUAUUGUUCCCAACGGCAGUUCUAGUGCAAAAGAACGCUUAAUUAUAUACUGCACCCACGGCGAGCGACUAAAGCUAUAAUCACAGUGUGCGAUAGCAAGUGUAAAGUGUGCCAUAAUGAAGUAGGAAGAGUGUAUAAAGGAAAAUAAAAUAAAAAGCGUCAUAUUACAAGCGAAAAUAAGAAGUAGAAAACAUAUAUACAAUUUUGAUAAAUCUGCACAAAGUGAAAUAUAAAAUAAAAACUGAAAAAAAAAAAAACACAAAUAGAAAAGUAUGACAAACAAGAAUUAAGUAAAUAUAUCAAAAGUGUUAGCAGAAGCUGCAUCCAUCCAUCAUUUUGGACAAGUCGAUAUAUACACAACUGCGUACAUUAAUACCUAUAGCGACGUUAAGUGUUUCUAUAAAAAAACGUACAUAGUAGAUAGCUCUGUGAGCUAUUAAGGAAAAUGAUUGACGCUGCUUGCAAUUAUUUAAAUCCCUAUGCGACAGCUUCACUUGCUGCUGCUGCCGCAAGUAUGCCGCCAGUUAAUAUAAACAAUCAAUAUCACCAGUCACAGCAACAGUCAUUCACCGCUGCCGCAGCAUCAACUACAACCAAUCCAAUGCCAGCAGAAUAUUCACCUUUGUCCAAUCAUUCGGGCACAAAUUGCAAUACACACCUAAAUGGCUUCGGUAGAGGCACCAACGAUUUUGUCCCUAUUUAUGUACAGAAAUCCCCAAAUACAGCAUCACAAGUAGCAGGUGGUGCACUUGGAAUGAAGAUGGAAAUGCAAUAUCCGUCACAGGCGUCCUCAACCGGUACUGCUUCGCCGGUAUCGAGCCUACAGUCGGGAAUUUCAUCGGCAUCUGUCUCACCAAGGAGCAUAUAUCCAUCUCCCGCCCAAUCCAUUUCCUCGAGCCCACCGGCAAUGGCAACAUCAUCAUCAGUAUCGCCGCUUUCCGGCUCGCCAAACUCUAUACACGCUGCGGCUGCCCAUGCUAGCGCAGCUGCAGCUGCAGCAGCCGCUGCAACCACACAUGAGUUGGGUGCGGCUGCAGCAGCAAGUGCAGCUUAUUCCUGGAGCACCUAUUCAGCCGCAGCAGCGCUGCCUACACGCGCACAAUUUCCAUACGCUCAAUAUGCGCCGGAAUACUAUAAUAACAGCGCCUGGUUUUCACAAGAGCGUAUCUAUCAGCCUUGGUCGGGCCAGGCGUAUCCAGCUUUUAAUUUCGAUGAAAUUGCCUUCCAGUCACAGUUGCAGCGCCGCACAGCGCGAUGCACAUGCCCCAAUUGCGCUAAUGAAAUGGCCGGCUUGCCACCCAUCGUAGGACCAGACGAACGUGGUCGCAAACAACAUAUUUGUCAUAUACCUGGCUGUGAACGGUUGUAUGGAAAAGCUUCGCAUUUGAAGACACACUUGCGUUGGCACACCGGCGAAAGACCGUUCUUGUGCUUAACUUGUCGCAAGCGUUUUUCUCGUUCGGAUGAGUUGCAACGACACGGACGGACUCACACCAAUUACCGGCCAUAUGCUUGCCCAAUUUGUUCGAAGAAAUUCUCACGCAGCGAUCAUUUAAGCAAACAUAAAAAAACACAUUUUAAAGAGAAAAAAACCAAGAAAGAACUUGCAGCCGAAGCGAAGCAGCAAAAUGCUUCACCCGCUAAGGCGGAGAAAUCAGCACAGAGUCAGCAAGAAAAAAUAGCUGAAGCAAAUGCUGGCAGCUCAAGUAGUUCAAAGCCCUCACAGAACAGACAGACCAGUGGACAACCGGCGCAAAAGAUGGUGGCCAAUGGAAAUAAUGGUGUAUCGAAAUCGCCUGACCCAGCUACUGUUUCUGCGGCCCGACGCUCGCUGCCUAUGUCACCAAUAAAUCAACAAUCGUUGAAGUCGGAGCAGGCAGAAGCAAUGAAUACCUAUAAUACAUACUCAAAUUUUGCUUUCCAACAUCCGCAUCAUCUAACUGGUUCAGGCGUCUACGCUAGUAGUUUUCAGCAACAUAUUGCACAACAGCAUGAGCAACAACCAGGCACAUCCGCUUCCUACGUAACGUCCGCUUCACCUAUAAACAGCGGCGCCGCUAUUGAUUUGUGGAAUAACCAUUACGCUUAUCAGCAACAGCAACAACAGCAGCAACAGCAACAACAACAACAACAACAGCAACGUCAACAGCAAGAACAACAAAUAAAUCGCAGUGCCAUAACUCGGGAUCAAUCAAUGCUUUCGAGUCCUGUAACUAACAGUACCAACAAUGAAACUACCUCAACAACAGUUACAUCUAACCUUCAACAACAGCAGCAGCAGCAGCAGCAGCAACAACAACAACAGGGAAUACAGUCCAAUUUAUCAACUACAGCAACCAGUAGCCAACAUUAUGCCACACUCGCCAUGCAAAGCGAAUCACAAUUGGCCGCCGAAUAUGGUCUCAUCAUGGGCUCACCUGGCAACUCCAAUAGCUCACCCUCACCAGUAAAUCAGCAGCCUCAACAUGCUACAUCACCUCACACCUACCCUGGCCUCCUGCAAAUGCAAAUGAAAACGGAAUAUGCUGGCUAUGCGGAUUUCAGCGCUAGUUCGAAUUAUGCCAGCGCUGGCGCUUUCCAUCAUCACGCGUCCAGUCCUUGGGCUACUGCAGCCGCAUACCAACACUCACACGCCACGGCUUGAAGAGUGCGUUAGUCAAUUUUAGUUGUAGUUUCCAUAAACAGCUGGAGCUGGGAGCUAGUAGCUGGAGCUGGAGCUGGAGCUGGAGCUGGAGCUGGAGCUUAUUUACAAUAUUUAAACCAAUUUUUCAUUUCUGAAUUCAGCUGAGAUUACAUGUACAACAACAUACUUGUAGAGACAUACAAGAUUUAGUCAUUAUUGUGUGUCCUGUUUGUUCGGUGUUAAGAGAGCUGAGCUGAGUGGGCACUUCCAUUUUAGGUAUACGAGUACACUACUUAUGGACGCGCGCCACAAAUCGGGGAGAAGCGUUGUUCUGAAACGCCAAUUACAUAUUACAAUAGAAAUAGUGUUUGUUUGUUUGUUUGUUGCUUAAGUUUAAUUUGAUCAAUGGUUUAUACCACUGAUUUUCAUCCCCCCUUAAUAAUACGUUCACACUAAAGAACUUGCUGGUAUUGUCUUUGAAAGAACUGUUAACUGUUUCCAUUGCCAAGCACAUGGCUCCCGUUAUCCGUUUACGACUUUUGUUUUCUAUCAUGAAGUAAGUUUAUGUUUAAUUUAAAUAUGUGUCAAGUAAUUAAAUAAUUAUUAUUUAUAGAGAAUUUUGAAAAAAUCCCAAAAACAAAAAAAAAAUGAAAUAUUUCAUGUUAUAAGAAAGGAGUUAGCUUCAGCUGUCAGCCAUAUUAAUGAAUGGGAGAUAAAUCCGUUUUUGAUUUUUUCAUCAUUAAUUUAUUAUUAACAAAUUUAUAAAUAUCAAAAAUUAAUAAAUUUUCCAAAAAUAAUCACAAAUAGCAAAUGAAUAUUUUCUGGCGCCUUGGUGUUGCUCAUAAAUUUGAUGGUUUUAGCAAAUUAGGCGUUCCAGCGCCAUGGAGUCUGGUGGAAAAUAAGCUUUGUAGUGAAGGAAUGGUCACCAAUCAUUUAAUAUUUUAUGAUAUUGCAGAAACACACUCCCUAUUUUAGUAUCAUGAAAAGAAACCCAGAAGAGCUGGCAUUAAAUUGAUAAUUUUUUUUUUGUAAAUAUGUAAAUAUAAAAGAGUAUUAUGAAUUACAAUGAGAUACAUAAUUGUGUGUCGUAAACUUAUAUGUACCUAUGUAUUAGAAAAUUAAAAUAAGCAAGAUCAUGUUAUGUUCAUUCAUUCCAGAUGUUUUCCAGAUGAUAAAUAAAGAACAUCAAACCAUAAA